CUCCAGAUAAAUCCACAAGUGCGAGCGAGCAGGUGCAACAUGCAAUCCUCGCGCGGGCACUACCGCGUCGCGUAGGCUCUCGUCCGCGGCGCAAUCGAGGGACGCAGAGUUGCCGAGGGAGGUCAACGUGAGCCACGGCGGCUGGGCUACUACUAUCUCCGCGAGAGAGAUCCUCAGGUGCCACAUCGCCCACCUCGCGAUUCCAACCUCGCACUCCCAUCUCGCGCUGCAGCAACAGCGGCGCGUUUCCUAUUCCCUACUGCCCUUCGCCAGCGCCUAGAUGGAGUUCUGCCCCACGUGCGCCAACAUGCUGCUGGUGGAGCAGGCCCACAUGGGGCGAGAGGCACGGUUUUUCUGCCAGACAUGCCCCUACGUGUAUGGCAUAACGAGAAAGAUUUCAAGGCGGCAACUGGUGGUGCAGAAGGAGGUGGAUGAUGUGUUGGGAGGGGAAGACGCAUGGAAGAAUGUGGACAAAACCGAAGCUUCGUGUCCCAAGUGUGGCCAUUCACAAGCCUUCUUCAUGCAAAUUCAGACUCGAUCAGCUGAUGAGCCCAUGACUAUAUUUUACAAGUGUUGCAACAUGAGAUGUGGCUACAGAUGGAAAGAGGGAUAGUGUCCUGAACUGUGUUUAUACCGAACGACGCGCUUCAUUCUGCUGGCCUGUACAGUACAGUAACGUGAAAUCUCAAUGG